CAGCUUCCCAAUCCCAAACGACGAGCCCUCUUUUUGGAGUCAUGCGCCCCAUGCCCGCGUCUCGAUGAGCUUGCCUUCCCCGCCGAGAAACCGAUGGAGCUGCCAACAUGGGAGAUGACAAUCUAGAUCUGUCUCUGGACGGAGAUGCGGCGUCGAGCGACGACGAGACCAUCAAGGGCGACCAGGAGCAUGACCACGUAGCCGAGAUCGCCGAGCCACAGCGCCAGGAUAGUAUUGCCUCAGAGUCCCCCACCGAAAACGGCGUGAUCGCAAAUCGAUAUCGCCAACUGCUGCGCGACCAUGAGGAUGCCUCCGACGAGGGCUCUUCCGACGGUUUGCCCCGAAGGGCCGGCAGCCCGGUCGACUCCCUCCUCUCCGGGCCAGACGAUUCCCCUUCCCUCCAAGGCUCCAUGGUGUCUUCCCCUGGGAGUAGCCGAGUCCCCUCCGUAGCCUCGUGGCCCGGUCUCAGCAGCCCCACGCCUUCGUUCCGGCCUUUCGACCGCCGGUUCCAAUCUCGCAUCACUUCGCCGUCUGCUCUGUCCCUGCGGCCAUCUUCGCCCGCCUAUCUCAUGGGACACGGUAGGCAGGCCUCCCUCGCUAGUCCGUUCCCGAUAGAAUCCGGCGAUACCGACACCGCGGCCCCCCCUUGGGAGGUCGUUCGAUGGACGAGGCUCAGGAAAAUAAACAGCCAAGCCUUCUCCGAGGCUGGGAAGCGCAACUUCGGUUCCCCUACGUGUAUAGCCAUUUCGGCAUCUAUCGUGUUGGGCACCACGAAAGGCAUAAUCCUAAUGUUUGAUUACAACCAGAAUCUAAAAAUGAUUAUCGGCCCGGGCACAAAAGCGGUCGAAUCCGGGGCCAUCACUGCCGUCGCCAUCUCCGCAGAUCACACAACGAUCGCCGGCGGCCACGCCACCGGAAACAUCUUCACUUGGGACACGAGUCGGGUAUCCCGCCCGUUUCUACACAUCCCGCCUCUUGAUUCGUCUCAGCUGCAGAACCGAACGUCGGACGGCCACCUGCCAAACGUGGCGAUAAUGCACCUCGGGUUCUUAGGGACGAGACAUACCGCCCUCGUCUCCGCUGACGAUCGCGGUAUGGCGUUCUCUCAUCUUGCCACUCGGGGCACCGGCGCGCUCGGGCGAACGGUUAAGACGGUCAGGAUCCUGGGUCGCUAUCCCGAUGCACCACCGCCCGCCUCGGGCAAACCCCUCAAGCCCAGCACCGUGUUGGCUUUUUCUCCCCUGCCGCUUGGGAACAUAGAGCGGGCAACCGACUUCAUGGGGCUGACGGCCAUGCUCACCCCCUAUUUACUCGUUAUCGUCUCGACGACACCAGUUGCGCAGACUCAACACAAGUCAGCUAGACCGAAAGACGUCGUGCCACAUAGCGCCAUGACUGGCUGCCUGUCGUGGUUUCCCGCCGUCAGGUUAAAAGUCCCCGAUCCGAACACCGGCAGCACCAUGUCCAAGGUCAAACUCGUUUACUGCUGGUCUAACGUGCUCACCGUCUUAGACGUGGACGAGUUGCCGGCUGAGGGGAAGGAUAAGCCGCCCGUGCUAAAGUUCAAAGCGCGUAGCCGAUGGAAAUGCGAAGAAGCGAUCGUCGCGGUUCAGUGGCUCAGCCGCUCGGUUUUAACCGUCCUAACCAUCACUCAGAGACUCAUUGUCCUCGAAGAUCGGUCGAUGAGGAUGACCGAGGCCUUCGACCUAAUCCACAAGUACAUAUAUCACGCCGAUGUCUUCUCUAACCAGCUGCACAGCCUCGUCGAGCAGCUCGACGAAGAUGAUACGGCGAUGCAUGGCGUGGUUGCGGACGCUUUCUACAUGAGUUUCAAGGCAUACAAGGGCAGGAUGUUCCUGCUCGGCUUCAACGAUUUGUCCAUCGGCGCCCUGUCCAACUGGGCAGACCGACUCAUUGCGUUGAUGGAGAACGGCGACUACAUCGGCGCGAUUCGACUCGCAACUUCGUAUUAUACCGGGGAUGCUAACAAGCUGACGAUCGGGCUUCCUGAGGACGCCGCCUUGAGACACCAAAUGGUGCUCGACAAGAUAACGGAGAUCAUGAGUGCGUCUUUGAAGUAUGCUUUCGGGCAGCGGCAAAAGAGCAAGGCGUCGAUAGACGAUCAGCAUCUCCGGGAUCUAGCCGAGACUUGCUUUGCCGCUUGCCAAAGUGUCGGAGACAUCGACUUCGUAUUCGACAGCAUAUAUGAAUGGUACGAAGACGGCGAGGUCGAGGGCAUCUUUCUGGAGGUAUUGGAGCCGUACAUUCUAGAAAAGACCAUAUCGACUGUGCCUCCCGCCGCCGUCAAAGCAAUGGUCGCACACUAUGUCAGUAAAGGCUGGGAAAGCCGCUUAGAAGAGAUAAUCUGCCACAUGGAGACGGCUACUCUCGACAUCGACCAGAUCACGUCGCUCUGCAAACAGCACCAUUUGUACGAUGCCCUGAUUUACGUCUGGAAUCAGGCGUUGCACGAUUACAUCACACCUAUGAUUGAUCUCCUGGCGCUCUUAAUACCCUUGGUGCAGAAUACCGGUCACACAUCCGCGCCAAGCUUGCCAGAAGACGAAAUAUAUGGGGUUCAUGCCCUAAAGAUGUUCCCUUAUCUGUCCUACACGCUGACAGGGAGGGUAUACCCUACGGGCGAGAAGAUGGAAGACGAAGUCGCUUCUCAAGCCAAAGCCGAGCUUUACUGGUUUCUCUUCUCGGGGAAGACCAUCACCUGGCCGAAAGGCAGCGCCUACGCAUUUCUCACUCGUCCGGCAGAAAUGGGAGAGCCCCCUUUCCCUUACCUGAGAGUAAUCCUCCAAUACGAUGCCCCGAGCUUUCUCAGUGCCCUGAACGAGGCGUUUGAAGAUCCGUUCUUGAACGACUCGCAAGAAAAACAGCUCAACGGAGGCACCACAAAACACCUACCAGAGGAACAAAUCUUCGGUUUAACUGUCGAUCGUCAGUAUGUCGUCACCAUCCUUCUCGAGGUCAUGAACUCCAGCGACUUCGCGCCGGAAGACACCAUCUAUCUAGACAUGUUUAUUGCCAGAAACCUUCCCAUGUUUCCCCAGUAUCUUCUCAUACCGGGUUCCACGCUUGAUAAGGUCUUGACUGGGUUGUGCGGCUAUCCCGGGAUCGAUCUGGCAGAAGAUGCCCAGCUGAGUGCGGAAUAUCUACUCUCGGUGUACCAGCCACCCGACGUAGCACCUUUGAUUCCCUCCCUCAAGAAAGCCGGUUUUUACCGUAUCCUAAAACGGAUAUAUAGAAACGAUAAGCAGUACGGGCAGUUGUUGCAAACUUACUUCGAGGAUCCAGAAGACCAAUCUGAAAUCUUUGACUGCAUUGCGGAAUGCCUACGGCGCCAGGAUAGUCUUCCUAAGAGGCAGGUCCAAGAAAUACACGAGGUCAUCAAAUCUCAUUCACGGGAGUUAGUCGAGCUCGACCCUACCCAAGCCGCCCAAACUCUAGGCGCUUAUGCGCCCGAGCUGCACAGAUUUGCUCUGGAUUCACUUGACGACGGCUCCGACCUGCAAUAUGUCUACCUCAAAGCGCUGCUUGAGCCCGACUCCGAGUUUUCGACUCAGCAGAGUGCUACAUUAGACCGAGAUUUCGUUGAACAAUAUGUACAACUCAUGUGUCAGCACAACGCUUCUCACGUGUCCGAUUACAUUGGUGUCCUUCAGGCCACAAAUCUGAGACUCGAGAAACUCCUGCCCACCAUGGAGGAUAACGGCGUGGUUGAUGCUGCCGUUAUUCUUAUGGCGAGAGAGGGACAAGUGCGGGAUGCCAUGAGCCGCCUAACGAAACACCUGGAAACAUUGGAGUCUGCCCUCCAGGGUCUACUCGCCAACUCGGACCAGCAAGCUGACGACGUCGAUAUCCACGAUGCUGCUGAAGAGCUCCUUAGAGACCUGCAGAGAUACACGCAUGUCGGUAUCUGGUUAUGUCAAGGCCAGAUGAAAACGACCAAGAAGCUUAAUGGCGUCCGUCGAAGGGACUCUCCAUCUCCUGGCGACCUAUCCCCCGACGAGGCGCUGUGGCUCGAUUUGAUAGACACUACCGUGCAGAUCACGCGACGUCUGUCCUCCGUCGUCGCGCCAUCCGGGUCAGACAGUGUCUCGAGCACAGCUUCGCCAACGCCAAUGCUCGACAGCAACAAACUCGUCGCACUCCUGCGCUCACUUGUGCAACACACAUUCACGGCACUCAUGACGGCAACGUCUACCCAAAAUGUAGGCCAGUCGGCAAAUCGUCUCGUCGCAAAUUCCGCGGGAAGUAUCACAUUCCUUCGGAUUCUCCGAGCCUUCCUCACCCGUGCAGCGGCUACUUCGCCUAAUCUCGCAGACCUGCGAGCUGUCCUCACGUCGAUAUUCUCGGCCUAUGCUUAUGAGGAGUCGAUACUACAGCUCUCCAACCGACUCCUCGAGCAGCAGCUAUUCGUGAACGUUAAGCAAGCGGUGGAACUCCGCCAGCGUGGAUGGCGACCUAGGGGUUCGACGUGCGAGGCUUGCGGGCUUCGGGUCUGGGGCCCCGGCGUGGCUGGGAACGUCUUCGAGGCUUGGGAAGAGAAGCAAGCGAGCGAAAACAAGAGGCGAGAGGCGAAGAAAGCUGCUCUGACCGGCCAAGCCGCCCUGCGCGGAAAGGGCAAGGCCAAUCCUCCUAGCCAAACCGAAGUCGAAUCCUACAAAGGAAAGGGGAAAGGCAAAAUCACGGAUAUGCACGUCCCGGCCCAAUCGGAGGAGCCAGGAGCCAGGAGCCAGGAGGAUGGCGGUGAAACAGUCUCGGAGCCGAACGGAGACGUUUCCAGGCGGCGAAAAGAUCAACCCCUCGGUCCUCUCGUCGUCUUAGCAUGCAGGCAUAUCUACCACAGGGCUUGCCUGGAUGCAUUACAAGCGAAGCGUGCCGUAGAAGGUGACAGAGAGGUGGACGAGUUCGGUCGUGAGGCGGAGUAUAGAUGCCCUAUCGACGGCUAGGAUAAAGCGAAGAAAGAGAGUGGGAAAAAGAGGAUGCCGCUUGGCGAGGCACCAGCGCGGCCUCUGUACUUAUGCGCGUGUACAAUAUGGUGGUAGCACGGCGACUUACUGUUGAGAAGUCUUCGAAAGAAUUAAUGUCGAUUGGUCAUGGGCGAACAUUCCACAUCACAACAAUCGUGCCCGUCGUAGAGCAGCUGGAUGUCGCCGCCCUCGUAUAUCCGAGC